UCCCACAGGUCGCGGCGGAGGCUGCGCCCCCUCCCCUGCCCGCUUCCUGGUCCUCGGGGUGUGAGGGCCGCGGCCUGGGACUCCAGACCCAGGGGCUGCGGGUGUCCUCGGCGGCCGCCGCAGCGUCCGCGGCGACGUCACGGUCCUCGCGGCCUCGCAGCCAGCGCUCGGGCCGGCCGCCGAAUGCCCGUGGACGCGCAUCUCCUCCCCGAGUUCCUGCUUCCCGGGCCAGCCAAAGCCGCAGGGAACAGCAUGGGCCCUUGCCUGCUGUGAGCGCCUCAAAGAAAGAGCAGAGGACAGGGCUGAAGAGGCACCUGGAUCAAGGAAUGAUAAAGAAUAUGGCUGUUGCCCCUAAAUUCUACAAGCAUGGCAAGAAGCUGGCUGGUGUAGCAGAAAGCCGCAAUGGACAGGAGAGCACUGUGCACAAGAGUGAGGCCAGGUCCCACAAAGUUCCACAGGAGCAGGGAAGUUCUCGGGGAACUCAUGCGCCUAGCCAGCAGAGAGAAUGGGCAAUUCUGCCCAAUGUUCCAGUGAAAUUGGAGCAGCAACCAACGAUUUCUUUUUCCCGGGCACCUCGUGAUCCAUCUGUCAGGUUCAAAAGAUUUUCAAGUGUGACCCUGCAACACAGUGCUACCCCUGGCCCUCUUCUUCUGCAGCCACAGGUCCCUAAUGCCACCAAGCAGGAUUCUGUUGUUGCUCUCUUAGAGUGGCAGAGGACGCUGGAGGCUGCAGAGGCCCUGUUGGCCCUGAAAAACUCUUCUAAGGAUCCUUGCGUUUCUGCCUCUCUGCAACAUCGUGGCAGCAUGCCAGGUGAUAAUGGAGAGAGAGGACCACAGUCUCCUAGUUCCCGCCUGCCACCAAAGCCUGCCAGCUCUGUCUCACUUUCUGGACAUCUGGAGUGCAUGUCCUACUUGACCUGA